UUUGUCAACAUAUACAAUCAUUAAAUAUACUUAAAAAACUUUUACAAAAACCGGCGAAAUAGACCCAAAAGACGGUGACAAAUAACCUCGCCUUAUUCAGCAUCUCCGUUUUUCAGAGUAAAUCUAUCUUCCUCCAAUCUUCCAAAAACAUGCAACAGGGUUCAGGAUCAGAGACUCAAGUCACUUGGGAAGAUCAGCAAAACAUCAACAAGUUUAGUAAACUCAAUAAUCGAUUUCACGAGCUUGAAGAUGAGAUUAAAUUCACUAAAGAAAAGUGUGAUAAUUUAGAGGAUGCAAGUAACGAGCUGAUCUUGACUGACGAGGAGAUAGUGCGGUUUCAAAUAGGUGAGGUAUUUGCUCAUGUGCCAAAGGAUGAAGUAGAAACUCGUCUAGAGGAGAUGAAAGAAGCGACUGUCAAAAAUUUGGAGAAACUGGAAGAUGAAAAGAAGUCCAUAGUUUCACAAAUGGCUGAAUUGAAGAAAAUCUUGUAUGGCAAGUUUGGGGACUCCAUCAAUCUAGAAGAAGAUUGAAGAAUAAGAUUUUGUUAACUUUUUUCCUCCCUUCAUUGGAUUAUAAGCUUGCAAACUUUAACAAGCAACUAUAAGAGAUUUCACCCUGAAUUGUUGUACAAUUAUAUGAUUAUUGAGCUUUGUUGCUUUUUUCCCUGGAUUUUGAAGCACAAAUUUGCUUAUCGGAAGUGGUACAUUUGAGUGUUCUGAA